AUGCCCGGCUACCCACCCGGUCGCAGGCUGUGCUCUUCCAUCGCCAUUAAACCCUACAGACUGGUCUUACUGGUGUGUCUGCGUCCCCACCACCUUGGCCCCUGUCCCCAUCCCGCCGGCAGGACCAGGUCCCACUGGAGGGACGGGCAGCUGGAGAACAGCCACCUGGUCCCACUGCCUUAUCGUUGGUGCUGGGCAGCCAGUAGCAGAGGGCCACGAGCCCCAGGGGCCUGGCACCACCCGCCCCGGUGCCCUUAUCUGCGUCCUCCCCGCCGUGGGCACCGGCUGUGGCGAGGCACCAUGCGGGGCUGCGGCACCCGGCUGGUUUGGCUGCUGGUGCUGGCACUGGCCUGGCUGGACCCAGCGUUGGGGGGUGAGGAGGAGGAUGGGGCGGUGGUGGCGGAGGAGGAGGAGGAUGAGGAUGAAGUGCUCUCGGAUGAGCUCAAGGAAGAGGACAGUGUCCUGGUGCUCCAUGAGCACAACUUUGCUCGUGCCUUAAGCGAGCAUCGGCUGCUGCUGGUGGAGUUCUAUGCACCGUGGUGUGGGCACUGCCAGCGGCUGGCCCCUGCCUUCGCCCAGGCGGCCGCCACGCUGAGGAAUGAGUCCAGCGUGGUGCGGCUGGGCAAGGUGGAUGCCACGGCGCAGGCAGCCCUGGCCAGCGAGUUCGGCGUCACCUCCUACCCCACGCUCAAGCUCUUCCGCGACGGCAACCGCACCCACCCGCUCGCCUACACUGGCCGCAUGGACGCCAAGGGCAUCGUGCGCUGGAUGCAGCGCCGGGCCAGCCCCAGCGCCACGCUGCUGCACAACGUCACCACCGCCGCCGCCUUCAUCAGCUCCCAGGACCUGGUGGUCGUCGGCUUCUUCAAGGACCUGGGGGGUGAGGCAGCCCAGGUGUUUUAUGAGGUGGCCGGCGAGGUGGUGGACAUGCCGUUUGGCGUGGCUGAGGCGGCGGAGCUCUUCCAGGCAUAUGGGCUGGCAGCCGACACCGUCUGCCUCUUCAAGAAGUUUGACGAGGGACGGACAGACUUUCCUGUGGACCCAGCACAGGGGCUGGAUGCAGCCAAGCUCACCCAGCUGCUCCGUGUCCACAGCCUGGAGCUGGUGAUGGAGUUCACCAAUGAGACUUCUGACCAGAUCUUCGGUGCCAAGAUCCCCCACCACAUGCUGCUCUUCCUCAACAAGUCAUCCUCAGCGCAGCUGGGGCUGCGGGAUGGCUUCCGGGCGGCCGCUGGCGCCUUCCGGGGCCAGGUCCUCUUCGUGGUGGUGGACGUGACCGGGUUUGGUGCCGAUGUCCUGCCCUUCUUUGGCAUGACAGCCGCUGACGCCCCCACCCUGCGCCUCGUCAAGAUGGAGAACAACCGCAAGUACCAGAUGGAGCAGGACGCCUUCUCAGACACGGCCAUACGCGCCUUCGUCCAGGCAGUGCUGGACGGCAAGGUGAAGCCCCACCUGAUGAGCGCAGAGCCCCCCGAGGACUGGGACACGCGGCCUGUGAAAGUCCUGGUGGGGAAGACCUUUGAGCAGGUGGCGUUCGACGAGACCAGGAACGUCUUUGUCAAGUUCUACGCGCCGUGGUGCUCCCACUGCCAGGAGAUGGCGGCUGCCUGGGAGGAGCUGGGCGAGCGCUACAAGGACCACGAGGAUAUUGUCAUCGCUGAGAUGGACGCCACGGCCAACGAGCUGGAGAACAUCACCAUCAGAGGCUUCCCCACUCUGCACUACUUCCCUGCGGGGCCAGGCAGGAAGAUGGUUGAGUACAAGAGUGCCCGAGAUGUGGAGACCUUCUCCAAGUUCCUGGAAAAUGGGGGUACGCUGCCCGAGGAGCCACCCACAGUGCCCAAGACCCCCGAGAACAGCACGGGCAGGGAGGAGCCCAGUCCGCUGGGGACAGCCGAAUCCCGGGAUGAGCUGUGAGCCCCAUCCUGCUCGGGUGCGUGCUAUAAAUGACCUGGAAACAAUGUGGGCUCUGGCCUGUGUCUGCGGCUCCCCUGCACCGUGGGGUGCACAUUUUGGGGGGGUACCCCCGUGUCUCAGGGACACAGCAGGGCUGGCAAUGGGCAGAGCCCCCACUACCCCAGGGUAGCUCGGCCCUGCGCCCCCAUGGAGGGGGGUGCUGCGAGGGGCCCUCUGCCUCUCCAGGGAUGCUGAG